UGGGGAAAAAACAUCGCUUCGUUGUGCAAGGCGAUACAUGCCAAGACGCACCUGGAAAAAGUAAGUGAUAACAGUUUCUCCAUACACUUAUUUAAUUUAAAACCAGCGCCUGUAUUUUAUAGUUUGCAGAUUCCUCUUUGUGUUUUCGACCACGUCUUAAAAAGAAUACCACAACCCAUCAUUAAAGUCAUCGUUAUAAACAAUUGUAGUUUAUGAUGAUUAGAAUGAUGCAACAAUGCAGUAAUACUUUGAUUAAGACUGGUAGACAUUUUGUCUUUAGUCAAUUUAACUCGAAGUUACAGGUUUUAACUUAUCUGCUGAAAGCAUACUCACAAAAUUAUGUGUUGGAUUAAAACAUUUCUGUCUGUCUUAAUUUUAAAAAAAAAGUUUAAGUCCCUCAAAACCCCUUCCUUACACAUUACAAAAACAGAAGUGAAUGCGCUUUGGUAAGCUGUGAAACGUCUAUUAUUGUAGAACUCAAAAUCCGGAGCCGAUGGUGGGCCUUGAAUGCAACAUCAACGGCUUGCUCUGAAGAGCCGGGUCGGUUAACUGGUCGGUAUCCUUCAGGUUCCGUUUAAAUAGUGGGUUUUAAAGUGAGUGAGUGGGCGUACUGCCCUUAAGAUGCAUGCUUUUAUGUUUGCGUUUGUGUAGAGGCUGUGGGGAGUAGCUUUGUUGUCUUAACAAUCACAUUUCUGAAUAGCUGGGCACACACGGUGGUACUGUUGGAGUUCUUAUGAUAAGUGACUUUAAACUAUUCGCUACUAACGUCGCUGUUUAUACCCAUUAACUUCGAAAAGACGCACCAUUGUCAGUUACACAGGACGGAAGCUUCGCCAGGAAACCACUAAGCGCUACGCCAAACUGCAUUCGAAAAACUUGCCAAUAUAAAGUUUUCGUGGAUUUGCGUAAAUAUGCGCACUUAUCAGAACUUGUUUAGUACUUUUUCCUACUAUUUUACUUAGCUUUUUAAUUCGGCAUUUUAUUUUUCCCUAUGGAGAGCGACAUUUAAUUCAAGUUUAUCUCUAAUUUCACAAUUUUCAUUGUAGCUUUUCAUCAGUUGAUGGAGCUAUAAUGAAAAAAAAAUCUUUGAUGGUUUUAAUUGGGUUCUGUCAAGUAACUUAUUAUUGAAUAAAGUUGUUCUAUAUAUGUAUAUAAGACAAGUUAAAAACUACCUCCAGCUUAGCCUGGAAGAAGCACAGCAGCUUUAAUAGAUAACACCAUGGGAUUUAUUAGCUUGAUUUGAGUCACAUUGCCUGCUAAUAGGCAGAGUAGGUCAGGAGACUUAUUGAAUGAAGCCACCCCCUUUUACACUAUUAUGUCUUUUUAUUUCACACAGAAGGGAGAAUGGCAGGCCUGUGGAGAUCCUACCAGGCCUUGAUGGGCAAAUACCCCUGGACGGUGCAGAUAGUGACCGCUGGUAGGGAAACUCUCUUUAAUUGCAUGAUGCAAGUGUAGCUUUCACACCACAGGAAGCACAAUUUAUACUUGAAAAACUGAAUUAUCCCGACAGAGUAUGUGGGAUAUAUUGUGUUUUUCCCAGUCACCUCUUGGUUCAGAUAAAGAGAUCAUGUGUGAUGACAGAAACAGGGGCUCAAAAUGACCUUUACCCCAGUGUACGGCCUCUGAAUCAACAAAGGAGAAUAAGGCCUUUGGCUCUGGUAACUUUUUGCCCUAGAUUAUGAGGCCUUCUCCAAAAUACAGUUUUCUUUAUAAAUAUUCAUGCAACAGGAUGAUAUCAUUGCAUUAUAAUCCAACAUAGUUAAUGUAAGUUUUGUGGUUUGAUCAGAAAGUAAAUGACUGUGAUUAUUGCCCAUGAUUUUCAAAGUCAUUGUCGUCUAAUUUUCACUUCUUUUUAACAUGGUAUCUGAAAAGUGCUUUUCAAAUGGAUAUAACUGCAAUUCUAGUUUUAUCUUUUUCUUAUGAGAAGCGAAGCAAACAAGUUUCGUUUUCAUCUGUAGUGAUUAACUGCAUCAAGAGUUUAUUAAAACACCAAAAGAGAAGCUACAAAUCAGGAGUUUUCCAAACAUCCUGUGGUGAGCACUUUCAGAGAAUCAUCUAACCUUUGACCUUUAUUCCAUAAAUCAACAAAAAAUCCCUUAAACUACAUCCUGUUUAGAGUUGGUGAUCUGUAGAGCAACAUUUUCCUGUUUGGAGGACAAUGGGAGGAUUUUGUGUGUUUAUGAAUCUGGUUAAAUCUGAACUGAGGAUUUCUGUCAAAUUUGACUCAGAGUAAAACUGUUGUGUCAAUUUUGUGUUGAAGCUCAGGUCCUAACUUAUAGUUUUGUUUCUCACCACAAGAUGGAGCCAUUAACCAACAUUUGUGUGGUACAGAUCAGAAGCCAGGCUGACACGCUGGCUAUUUUUUUCUGGUUUUAAGAAGCAGCAUCCUGAACUAAGACAGAUUUAAGAUUUCAAACUGGUGCUAGCAUGAAGUUGAGGCUCCUGUGAGGAGUUUUUUCUGUGUUAUGAAGAAGACUGAAAUUGAUAAUGAUGCCUUUUUAUGACAUCUAAAAGCAAACAAGACCAACAGCAUCAAGAUUGAUGAUUUGUUUGUUGUCAUUUUAACGACUGAAUGUGGUGUUGGGAUGAACCAGAUUCAGAGACUUCUACAACUGUCAGGAGUUCUGCAAGAAAUAAAGUCAAGUUCAAAUACAUUUUCAGUUAAAAACUCCUCACUGUACCUUUAACUAUUCCUAUGUUCCAGUUUCAGACCGUAAAAAUGACAAUAUAAAAAUAGCCAGACUUGUCGCUGAUGGUUUUGAUUGUUGGUUCAGUAUGAAUUUCAGUCUAUUUCUUGAGUGUGAACAAGCACCUAUCGGAGCUUUAAUGCAGUAAAGUUUCUAAAAGUUUGAAUCUGACCUGAAAACAAUGUCAUAACUAGAAAAUCAGUGAAACCUGAGGCUCUGAUUCUCUGAUUUGAUACUAGUAAAAGACCAAAACUGUCGGAGCCUAGGUUCUUAUUAAGUUCAUCAAUGUUUGGAUAUUAAUUAAGUGUAUGUAUUAAGGUAUAUUCGUGUUGAUUGUGGUAAAAUUCUAGCUAUUUACAUUAUUUACAGUUAGAUGAUUAAUAUUGAUAAGUUCAUUUGAGUUAAAAAUGUGUAUGGGUAUUUAUAGUUUUUAAAAUCACCAUAGAGUCUUUAAUGUGUAUUAAUAUCUGUUUGCAUUGUUAACUUGGCAGUUCAGUCACGUCAGGCAUCAUGGAGUGGAGCCACGCAGUUUUUUGACCUCCCUCUCUAACUCUUUACUUAAUAUUUUCACCCACUCCUAUGUUUUUAUAGUCAUGCUGGAUUAUUGUAUCUUGCUUUGUUUUUUGAAGUAAAUUAUAAAAACCAACGAGAGGAUCCCUUGGAGUUUUUUUGCAUGCAAGAAGGAUGACAAGGGAUGAGAGCGUCAAGCCCUUGGCGUCAUUGUUUAGGAACCUGCAGCUCGUGUUUGUCUGAUACAUCUUUAUAAAGAGUUGAGUCAGCGUUGAUGAUGCAGCGGUGUAAACUGAGGGUUCAAGUUUGUUCAGUCCUCUCUCUGUUUUUACUGCCCGUCCGUGUCUCUGAGUUUGGGUGUUAAGAGGAAAUGUUUGUGUUUAUUGCCGUUAAAGUGAAGUAUUGACAUUUUCCAUUGAUGACGGCGUGUUUGUGUGUCCCUCUUUGUCACUUAAACCGUUUUUAUUGGCUCUCUGUUGAUAUUUUAAAGGAAAGGUUACCUUGUGCUCAGCUGCGUCUUUACCAUUAAACCGUGCUAUCAGCUUUAAUUUGGUCACUUUGAGGUGACAGUUUGAUUUUUUCCCAGAUUCAACAGGUUUUUAAGUGUCUUUUAAAGACUCCUGGAAAUAAAAGCAGCACUUAGUGAGAUCUUGAGAGUGGUGAUAGUGAUAGAUGGGAUCCGUUUAGUGCGUCAUACUUUAGAAAUUUGGUUCUAAGUUGCAUUUACAGUUAAUUUUAUUUGCACCAACUUAUUCUCAGAGUAGUUUUUAUGUAAUCAAGCUCUGAAAACCUGGAGAAAGUAGAAAACAGGAAAAGAUGCUUAAUGGAGCAUUAAGCAGCCAAAGAUUGGAGUCGGAGCGUUUGUGGAGACCAAUUUAGAGUGAAAAGAGACAUAAUUCGGAACUGAAAUUCAUCAGGAGGUGAGAGGGGAGGUCUCUGUUUGCCUGAUGGGUUUAUAAAUGGAUGCUUUUAAGCUGUCACUGACAUUUCAGUCAUGAAUGACGGUUUCCAUCAACUAUUUAUCUGUUAAAGCUCAGAAAUAUCAGAAAAUUUUGAUUAGUGUUCCCCAGAGCCAAAGAAGAUGUUCAACAGAAACAAAAAAAAAAGGUUAAAGUUAAUCAAAUUAAAGGAGUUUUCUGUGAAAUAAUUUACCUUUCCACAAUGUGCCAUACACUGCCACCUACUGGCAGGAUGUUGUAAGUGUGGCAGAAACUUGUACAAAUCUAGAUGGUCAACAGGGUCAAAAAUGCUGCACAGGUCAAAAUGAACUUUAAAAUUUGUCGUUUUUAGAAAAGAUAAAAAAAACUUCAAAUAGUUAUCGUGGCAUUGAGGAACAACUCAGAGGUUUUUAGAUGUGAUAAGUUCCUGAGUGUUGAUUUUCAGGUUGGAGAAAAUUAUGAUCAGCUGUCUUCUAAAUUAAGCUGUUUUUCACAGAUAAAAAUUGUUAAACUGUCACUUGUCAGAUGCUCUUAAAAUUAACCUGCAGAUGUUUGUAGAAAAAAGUUUUUUCAAGUUUUUACAUCAAUUCUGUUAAAAGUGUUUCUGUUAGUGGAGCUUAAGCCUGAACAUGUUGCUCCACCCUUGUCACCUUUUCCUCAGUUUGACUGAUUUUAUAGUUUAAUUUUUAAUUUUUCCUUCAAUAUCAUGACCCUCUCCUCAUGGAGAUACUUGAUGACCUUGAAGAUCGUAAGGUAGAAAUCUGAUAUCAUGAUAGCUGUUGUCCAAAGUAGUUAAAAAGGGUUUGAUUUCAGUGGUUUUAAAAAGUUUUGGGUGAAAGUUUAGUUUUUUAUUACUCUGUUACAGUUUAAGUUUUCUGAGACGUGUCAGGCCAGACUAAGUAAUUUGUCAUAGAAAACUGAAGAUAUGACACCAUUUAAAAAAUAUAUACUCAGUUUCAAACAAUGAACAACCUUAACCAUCCGCCAAAGACAAACCAGAAAGGAUUUGAAAAAGUAUUUAAUGAAGCGUUCAUUCUGUCUGGGCUAAAAAUAAACGAAUGCCGUGUUGUAGAUGUUGCUGGAAUCUCAGUCAGGAAAAGGAAAAAUGAAUAAGGAUGAGCUCUGUUUUACCUUGUUGAACAUUUGUCGUGACUUCUUUAAAAAUAAUCCAAAUUUAAUCAUCUUGGUUUCUCUGUCUGAAUGAGCUGCAGUGAUUGCUCCUAAAAAAGUACCCUAAAUGUUUUUAAAUGUACUCUUCUUCUUUGUUCUUAUACCUUGUUUAGGGUUUGUUUGUUGGUUUUAUUGACACUUUCAAGUAGGGAGUAAUUUGCCUCAUAGCUGAACACUUUUUCACUCCUCUGUGUCUAUUUCUGUCUGAUUUUUAUGAGCAGUAAUGUAAACUCAAAUCUUUCAAGCAGCUGCAGUAAAAAGAUAAGAAAAUCUGAGUCUCCACACUUUGUCCAGUCAUCCACAGGAACAAUAUCACCUGCAUCAGCGGGCUGAGUGUCUGUCUGCUGUUUGUCCUUCAGGCUCUUUGGUGGGCGUCGGUGAUGUCAUCUCCCAACAGCUGAUCGAGAGGAGAGGAUUGGCUCAUCACAACAUGCAGCGGACAGCCAAGAUGAUGAGUAUAGGCUUCUUCUUUGUGGUAAGAGAAGAGUCCUGUGGGCUCUAAAAGGUUCACGGUGGGAUUAUUUCAAAGGGAUAUUCCAGCGUAAAAUUAAUUUAGGGUCAAAGAUACGUAACACCGAGUUAGACACCCCCGUCAAGAGAUGGUUAUACCAACUUUAGUUACGACCGCAUGAUAGCGAUACACAGCGGUCUAAGGGGCCAGCACAAACCUCAACCAAAACGCCACUCUAUAGCAACAAAUAAUGCUCAGAACAGCACCUAACUUCAUCAACAGUACAUAUAGGGUCCCAGCCAUAGUACUAGCCACCAAACAUCUUUUUAACUUUGCCUAAUUUCUUUAGCAAAGAGAUCAAACACAACUUACCUACUAUCUUCCAGCAGCUGCUUGUUUGUACGGAGACAUCAGACGAGUCCAUGCGGGGUGACGCAGCUCAAGGAAGAACAUUUAUGAUUAUUACUUUAUCAUUUCCUAUAAGUAAUAAUCACAAUAUUAAUCAUUUUGCACUGCAGAUGCGGUAGUUUAUGAUCAUAAAUGUUCUUCCUUGAGCUGCGUCACUCCACUGCAGUCAGUAAUGGACUCGCCUGAAUUCUCCAUACAACCAAGUGGCUGCUGGAAGAGAGUAGGUGAGUGGUGUUUGGUCUCUUUGCUCAAGAAAUCAGGCAAAGCUUAAAAAGUUGUUUGGUGGCUAGAACUAUAGCUAGGAACCUAUAUGUACUGUUGAUGAAGUUAGGUGCUGUUCUAAUUGAGGUUCUGGUUGAGGUUAUCCCUCUAAGUUUUAUCCGCUGUAAAAAUGUUAAAAAGACGUGUCAAAGUUUCUCAGAGCGUAAAGUGAAGUCUUCAAACUUUCCAGCUAAAAUAACAAAGACAAAAGACCUUCACUUUAUCAAAGAAAACAAAGAAAAAUGACAAACCCUCACAUGUUGGAUGCUGGAAGAGGAAAAUUUGAGUUAAAAAGCGACUCUGCAGCUGUGGUUUGAUAUAAAUUCCUGCUGUUGCUCAUUCAGUUCUCAAUUACAGACUGGGGUUAAAGUGAACCUGCUAUUCAUCUAAGAUAACAGGUUGUAAUAAAUGUGAGGAUGUGAGGGAUCUGAUUAUCUGCAAAUGAUUAUGACUAUUUGAUUGAAAAUAAUUUGCGUUUAACAAAGUAAAAGCUUUUAAAUGAUUUUUCUCAUCUGUUAAGGGUCCAGUUAUCGGAAGCUGGUACAAAGUUUUGGACCGACUGGUGGUCGGAGGAACUAAAAGUGCUGCCAUGAAGAAAAUGCUGGUGGACCAGGUAAGAGGAGAACAUGAGACCACCUCUUUGUCUGAAACUAUCAGUUUCUCUUCUUUCCGGUCAAAGACGCUGAAGCUGAGCUGAAGUACUUCAGAAACAAAGUGGAUUCAAGCUUUAAAAAAGCCGGUGCGUGUGUUUCCGCCGUCCACUCGGACUCAUUAUUUGUAGCUAACCAGGCAGAGAGACAAUUUCUUCACAUCAGGCCAACAGACAGAAAAGAUGUCAAAUUUGUUCAGGAGAUGAGAUUUGGCUUUUCCUCUGCGACCCCCGCCCCUCACAGCAGCUGGGACAGUCCAGAGCCUCGUCCUUCUCCUAAAGUUCUGUUACACUUUAAUGUUUGUCAUGGUGAAAGAAAUCUAGGCCAAAGUUUGGAGAGAAUAAGAAUAUGAGACCAAUGUUUGCUUGAUUUACCGAUAACUCCUGAGGCAGUAAAAUGUCUGAAAAUAACCCUUAUCUUUGAUAGCACAGCUUUAUGUUCUCAGACCAACAGAGCAAACCCCAACACAGAUUUGUGAAGCUGGAGGCAGUGAGUGUCAACGAUGUUUGUCACUGUGAUCAACACUCCUGUGUAGGACUUUUUAACAUGUUAUGAAACAGACUGAAGUGCCUCUUUAUAACCCCCCUGAUCGUUUCUAUCAUUUCUGGUCAAUUUAAAUGUCUGUAACUGGUCGACAAUUUGAUAAGAUUAGAAAAAGGAAAAUGGCUUUAUACCUGGAUGGUUAAAAAUAUACCUGAGCAGCCCCUCUUACACCGUCUCUGUGUGGGAAACUGUGAGUUAAGAUGAACACCACGUUCAAAAGGAGCGGCAAAAUCGAUAAACCAGAAGUUUUUCGCAGUAGUUUGGAAGAAAAAUGAGGAUUAAAUGAAUCUUGCAAAAAAUAACAAAAGAGUAAGGAAAUAUCAGGAUGGAGUAAAUAAUGACAAAUGACCAAAAAAGGGACAAAUUGAGAAGCUAAUACAGAGUGAAUACACAACAAGGUGCAAAUUUAAAACCUAAUGUAAAAACGUCUCACGCUUCACGCCGCUAACUUUCACUUAAUUCUUCAUCAGACGAGUGUAAACAAAAAAGUAGGAGGCAGAACAGCGCGGCAGAGCUUUCAAUACACUUCCACUGAAAUAUUUAUUCAAGCAAAGGGUCCGCUCCUCCGCUCGAAUAACUCUGUGUCCACACUGAGCGCUGCUCCGUCUGCCUCACUGAUAACUGCAGAGCCAUUUGCCAAAUUGAAAGAUUAGAUGUAGCUGCAGCUUCUCUCUACGUCAGAGCUGAAGAUCUACAGACUGGAGGAUGUUUUUAUAUUUUUCAUAUAAGAGGAGCUGCUUCCUUCACUGUGAACACAAACAAGAAAAUGGAACACAGUCUAAGAUAAGAUUAACUUGAUUGAUCCAAUAAAGGAAAUUCAAUAGCCUGGGUGUGUUCUUAGAUUAUCUGACUUAAAGCUGACUUAAGCUCUAUUAGCUUUACCAUCAUUAUUAUCAUUAUUGUUCAUUUUAUAUGAAACUGUAAUAAACUCCCGACGACAGGCAAGUAUAUGUACAAAUGAUUUCCUGAACAGAGGCGUGUCUCAUCUCUGUGUCUAAUUGAGACCCACCUCCAUUCAGGAAAUCCAUCGCGCAGUUAGCAGACUGACUGGCAAGAAUCCCUUAUACAGUCAUUUCAGCAGACAAAGUUAAGGCAAAGACACACUUAUGGAUCGGAAAUUUUCGCAGGUUGGAUCGGAAAUUAUCGGAACCUGAUACCGAUACUGGAUCGGGUCGGCCUCAUCCCUAGUAUAUAUAAAAUAUCAGGUUACAAAGACUGGGAUAAGAAAGAGAAAAAUCUAUUGCCCUCAUAAUUUUGCUGAAAAGACAGAAAAUGAACUUAAAGCCAUUUUUGACUGUAUUUGAAAUCAAAAGUUGACUUCUUUUUUUAAAUCAUGGACGCAGUUUUCAUGAUAUCCAAGCAGCAUGUCACAUAUUUGCUUCCCCAGACCAAGCUGAAUAUUAGACAAACGUUUCUGAGCAACCUUUGCUGCCAUUCAGACAGAGCUGUUUUCAGAAAAGACCUUCACCGUUCAUCAACACAACGCCAAACUACAUUCUGCACGUAUUACAACAGCGUGGCUCUGUAGUAGAAGAGUCCAGGAGCUGAACUGACCUGCCUAUAGUCCUGAUUUAUAACCCGUUGAAAACAUGUGCUGCAUCAUGAAACCCAAAGUCUGACAAAGGAGACUGUUGAGAACAUGUUACUGGCAUCAAAUAUUAAACAAGAGUAAAUUAUUCAUAAACUAAUGGAAUUUUUUAGUUUCAACAUUUGACAUUUGUCGUCUUUCAAUGAUUGUAAACCAUCCAAAUCAGAUUGAUCAACAUUUUUCAGAAACAGGUUUAUUCUUCCCUCUUUAUUCUCAACGUAAAUCUUCAGAUCUAAACUAAUGUCUUUUCUUCUCUUCUCUCCUCUCUGUGUUUGUAGCUGUGUUUUGCUCCCUGCUUCCUAGGAGCUUUCCUCUGUAUCUCCAGCGCUCUAAACGGACUGACAGUGGAGGAAAACAUCACCAAGCUGAAGAGGGUGAGUUUUCUUUAUUUUCAAAUCCACCUCACUUUGUAUAAACAAUAUCAUUACUUCUCUGCGUUUGUCUCUGGACAUAAUCUUUCUUUCCAUCCUCAAAAAUAUACGUAAGUGUCACACAUUUGUACUUUUAGUGCAUUUUCUGAUAAAAUUGAAUAAGUACAGUUUUAGAUUAAGGACUCUUAUUUGGAGGGAAAUAUUUAAAGGUAUGAUGUUCGCACUUAAACUCAAGUUAAGGACCUAAAUAUGUCUCCUGCUGCUGGAAAUAGGCUGUGUGACGUACAUUAGCUGAGCCAGCGAAACUCUCCCAAACUUUGGUUAAAUUUGUCUCCACUUGAGGUGAAGAUUGAGUAUUCGCUCAUUUUAAUCCAUGAAUGAAGGAUAAGGAAAAAGAGGAGUUUGUUUGAGAGGCCUAAGGACAAGUUUGGAUUGUGCAAUAAAAUACUUGAACUAAGUACCGAGAAGAUGACAAAAUUGAGUGUUUUUAUCAAUUCUUGAUGUUUACUCAUCUUACUGGGCUCCAAAAACACAUCCUUGUGUCUUCAGAUCUAAAGUUCUGACUUGUGGUUCAACUUGACUUUGUGCUUUAAAUUUAAACUGCACACUUGACACAAACCGGCCUUGGAGUGGUGUUUUUUUCUGAAUGAACACAGUCCAGGUCAAUGAGAGGAAGUUAGUUUUUCAUGUAGGUAUGGUACCUGACCUCCAGCGCUCACCUCUCAUUAUUAUUAGAAACUAUUUCCUGUGAUGGAGGGAGAGACGAGAGAGGAGGGGGAGGAGGAGGGGGCUGUGGAAAUAGCCGGAGUGACUCAUACCUUCAUAUAUAGACGUGUGUGUGUGUGUGUGUCCGUGUGUGUAUUUGUAUGCCAGGUCAGAGCUAACUGUCAUCUUGUGCCAGCUGCUCAAACGUCGGUCGUCGCCUUGCUUACCCAACGUGGCGCUGGUCACCAUCAAUUAUUUACAAACGAGGGCGCGCGGAGCUGAAAGGCCAACCUGCUAAAUGUCAGAAAGGACAGAAAAUAAAUGACAAAUCUGCUCAUUACUGCUCAGACCUGACGCCACGGAAAUGUGCGGUGAAAAUUAAUCGAGCCUCCGUGAUUGAGAAAACCGGACAGCGGUCCAAUCAAGACUUUGCCCUUCUUGUAGAGCUGUUACUCACCUGAGUCCUCUGAUUUAACCUCAUCAUAACUUCGUGUGUGUGUCUGUGUGUGUGUUUGUUCAUGCACAGUAUAUUACCUAUGCACUAACUAGGUUAUAAGAUAAAGUGCAUUCAAAGAUAUCAGGAAAUGAUGAAUUGCUUGAUUGGGGGGGGUUUAACUUGAGUGUUUAGGCAAUUGAUGCUCAUAUAGGUAACAGGUGCUUAUGGGUAUUAGAGUCCUGACAGGGUGAGAGAGACUCCAACAUAAAGCAGAGAUGUUUCGUCCCACAUGCCCCCGUUUAUCACCGAGCUUUAGGCCUAAUCAGGACAACAGGGGACAAAUCCUGGUGGCUCAGUGAAACUAUAAAAGCAGCUCUUUCUGUGUUUUCUAGAGCUGAAUCAUUCGCAACCAACACAUCACUAACUUAGACUGUAAAAGUCACAGGUUAGCAGGAUUGGCCUUGCAGUUUUGCUCUAAAUAGCAAGGUUGCAGAGAAUAGUACUUUAUUUCGGACAAUAUACCGGUAAGGCCAAAACCAUCAAAGUCGAGUAAAGGUUUUGAGCUAUAGUGGGCUGGUCUUAGCCAUAAAACAAAAAAAUGUUUUGCGAUGUUAGCUAUGCGUCUUCAAACACGUUUUCUCUCUGCUGAUCAUCCCUGUCCAUAGUCAUUGUGGUUUCUCAUCAACCAGGAGGUUUUUAAGUGACCUCAGUUAAAGGGAUAUUCCGGCAUACAAUUAAUUUAGGGUCAAACACACUGUAACACAGAGUUAGACACCCCGUCGAGAGAUGAAUGUUUCCAAUCCCUUGCUUCUCUAGUUAUACCAGCUUUAGUAACAACCGCGCGAUAGCAAUACAGAGAGCCACGCACUCAACAAAAAAGCCACUCUAAAGCCACAGAUAAUGCUCAGAACAGCACCUAACUUCAUCAACAGUACAUAUAGGGUCACAGCCACAGUACUAGCCAUCAAACAUCUUUUUAACUUUGCCUAAUUUCUUGCUUCACGCAACUCACCCUCUCUCUUCCGGCAGCCGCUUAUUUGUACGGGCAAGUCCAUCAACAGCAGCGGGGUGACGCAGCUCAAGGAAGAACAUGUAUGAUCAUUACUUUAUCAUUUCAAGAAGUAAUAAUCAUUUUGCACUGCAGAUGCAGUAGUUCUUCUGCCUUAGUGUCUCGGUCAGAUUGCAUUUCCAUGAGGAAAUGAUCAUAUAUGUUCUUCCUUGAGCUGCGUCACCCCGCAGCAGUCGAUGGACUCGCCCAGAGGUCUCCGAACAAUCAAGCGGCUGCUGGAAGAGCAGCCGGAAUAUCCCUUUAGUCAAAAUACAAGUUUAUUGGACUUAUGACCUGCAACACCAUAAUAAUACAUAAUGGGAGAGUACAAGUUUACCACCCUUAGUGUGACAGAAGGAUGGCUGAUAUAGCAGCACUAGAGUUACAAUAAAGUGUGUUGCGUAAUAUUGAAUCGUAUUGUAUCGAUUAAUAUUGUAUCGAUUUGUAUUAUAUUGUAUUGUACUGUUUCCUAUUGAUUGGCAUUGUAAUGUAUUAUAUCAUAUUGUAUUGAUACGUAGAGUAUUGUAUGUUUUUUUUUUAUUUUUUUAUUUAAGAGUUUGGUCUAGACCAGCUCUUUUGAGUAUCUUAAAUUAACACUUGUUGUGAAUUAUUGAUUGAUUGAUUCGUUACACAUUUAAUAUAUUGAUAAAUCAGUAAUUUGACACUAAAUGAUAUUUCCAUUUGUUCAAAAUUUGCAUCAACUUUCUAAAUUAACACUUUGAUGAAUCUCCAGCAUUGAAACUUCGGGCUCAGUAGGUCCCCGUUCAAACAAAGUGUAAGAGGAAAUAUUUUGACGUGUCUUUGACGCAGCAGUCAGCACUGGGCCGAAUUUCACCUCAGGUGGCAAAGACGCUUGUUUGGCGGUAAUUAGAGUGAGUUUCACCUUCAAAAAAAAAAAGGCUAUAACUGGAACAUUGGCUCAUUUUUUUAUAUGGUGGAACAUGUUGAGGUGACCUUUAAGUGGAUGUGAAAGGGAAGUUUCUGUGUGGUCAGAUUGGCAACACACACACCUCUACCACUGUUUUUUGUCUCACCAUUAGGUAAAAACCUCGUACUUCUGUUUUUUAUUAAAGAUAAUUUAAGUCGAAUAGAGACGUUCAAGGCAGUGAAAGCAAUUAAAACCAAAUGAUGACAUCAAUAAUCAAAUGACUCAUUAAUGACCAAUUACAUUACCAAUUACUCAACAAUAACUUGGCCAGCCUUGGAUCUUUCUGGCUCAAACUUCCCUCCUUCCUGCUUUGUUUUGGAAUAAAACUCUCCACCAACUGGAGCUUGAACACAUCAUCAUUUCUCACUUCGUCUCCCACUGCUGCUCCAAACUGUUAUGUGCAGGGAAAUGGUGGUGGGAUGAAUCCAAUACCUGAGUAGGAAGUUGGAAGUUUAAAAAGUUUUUUUUUUUUUUUUUUUUUUAACGUUCGUUUCAAUUAAAAAAAAUAAUAAAGAAUUAAAUCAAAACAACUUUUGGUUGAAUAUGUUUUGAAAGUCCUUGAAAAGUCAUUUUAAAAGAGCUGCGGAAAUCAACUUUUCAAGACCAGGUAUGAAACACCAAAAGUGUCUUUUUGAGGUAUAAAAAGACAACACUGCACAGUCAGGACUAAAUCCCGUUUUUCCAGUUUUGCAGAAAUAUUUCUGCCGGUCAUCUCUCCAUAUUUUCAGUAUAUGUCACAAUAUCCAAGCAGUCCAAUCUUUUUUGCACAACAGGUUUUAUACAUUUUUAUUUUCAGGAUUAUAAAAUAUAUCAGUAACAAAAGUCCCUCCAAAGGCCUGAGAAAAACACAUUUACCAAAAUACAGCUAAAUCUACAGCCAAACCAUAAUACAUAAUUCCAUAAUUUUUAGAUAAUCACUUUUUUAAUCUCCUUUUUUUCAGGACUACACAGAUGCACUGAUCUCCAACUAUUAUGUAAGUUUUUUUUUCAUAUAUUUUACCUCUCAGUCUCAAAUUUUUACGUUAAAAUGAGCAUGCUGUGAUUCAAAUUAAUGUCGUCAUUAAUGUCGAGUCCCUGUUUGUGUUGCAGUUAUGGCCUCCGGUUCAGAUCGCCAAUUUCUACUUCAUUCCACUGCACCACAGGUGAGUGUUUCAUAUUUUUUAGUCUUUCAGGCAUUGAUAAAGUUUGUGUCAAGUGCACGAGAAUCAAACUUCAACUUUUAUUUUGGAUAAAAAAUUGAUGCUGCUGAAUAAAAGUGAUGUUUUUUUGUCAGUGCAUGCAUGCUGCAAAUGUGAAUGUAGGUCAGACUUCCAAAUAAACAUGUUUUAAUGAUGAUGUCCUUGUAAAUGUCAUGAGAAUCAGAGUCAUUAUAGCUGUUAAAAGCCUUGUCAGACGCUGUUAUGAAUAAAUCUCCCUCCUGCAGGCUGGCGGUUGUCCAGAUUGUUGCUGUCGGUUGGAACUCCUACCUGACCUGGAAGGCCAACAAGAUGUGAAGACGAUCACAGGACCGGCCUGUGCUGUUGUUGUUGCUGGUGAUGAAGAUGAUAAAGUUCCACUCAUUUGCAGUGUGUGUUGGGAAUGGGCCGUACUAGUCUAACUCACUUUAGGCUGCAAAGUCUCCUGGUAUUUAAAACGUGUAAAACUGUGACUGAGUCACCGUAAAGGUCGGGAGAAAGAGCUCGUCUACGCUGAGUGACAAAUUCACACUUGAAAGUCAAACUUGCAUUUGCAGAAAAUGUCUGUGAAAGUUUGUUAUUUAUGGAAAAUAGGGUUUGGAUGUGGAGCCUUGCUGUAGCCACACAUACGCACUAACACACACACUCAUAUUUUUACACCUGCAGACUGCACAUCAAACUUUUAUUAUUGAUGUAGCGUUUGUCACUCACUCACAAUUAUCCUGUUUUUAGGUCAGUUAAAUGAUGUUUGGUGUUACAACAAAGAAAAAAAUGUACCUCACUCUCAUCUUUUUGAUAUUUUCUAGAAAAUGUUACCACGUAUGUCAACUUGUUUAUCAUUUUAAUUCAUUUUUCUUUACCUGAACUAAUUAUGUGAUUAUUAACCUUCAUUUCCAAAAAAUGGGAAUCUGUAAUCUUUAAUCCACAUGCUGCAUAAAUCAUGGGCAUAGGCUCAGCGGUGUUCACCAUAUCCAAAUCUUCAACUUCUCUUUCAAUCAGCCUCAAAACAGAUGAAGAGGUGGAGUUACAGCAAACUCUAAAUCCCCUCGCGUACCACCUUGAAGCAGCACCUAUAAGUCAGCUGAACUAGACUGCUAAUAGCACAAAUUGAUAUAAAACACUUUACUUUAAUAGAAUCAAAAUCAAUGAGUUGUAAAACAGUUCACUCUAAACAAUCUGCAUGGAGAAAAGCGAGAGACAAACACCCCAGAACUGUUCUGAAAGAGGCUGCAAACAUGCUUUUAAACUGCGCAUUUCAACAUGGGACCUAAUAGAGAUUUCCUGCCUUUUGGAGUGAGCCUAGUGGCCACUUGAGGAACUGCAUUUUUUUCCUUUUCACUCUACAGUAUAUUCAGAAUUAAAAACAAGCUGUUUCCACAAACAUUAAAGCAGUCAUUUUAAUCUGUAGUUACUGGAAUGUCACCAAAGUUACAGAAUCUAGAUCUAGCGCUGACAAUCACAGUUGAAACUAUUAUUUUUUCUUGUUGUCUUUCAAUUUUAAUAAGAUUUAUGUGCUAAAAAUGUGAACAUUUCUUAUAACAAAAGUUGUCUCUGGCAUAUAAACUAAUAAAGUUUUACUCCAGGUUGGCGUGGAUGGUGUGUUUGACCUCACUAACUUUGUGUCCUGCUUGUUUCUGGCCCGGGUGGGGUUUGUUUGGAGGGUGAUGUGGAGGCUGCUGAGCCGGCCCGUCAACCAAAUAACCGCUCACAUUUGUUCUCCACACAAACACACUCGGAUGAGAAAAACAAGCGGAAACUGUCUGAUGAAAGUGCUGAAAAUCUUCCAAAUAGCCUCUUUCCCCUCAGAGGGAAUCCAGCCCUCCUCCCCCUCCCCAAUUAUUAUUGUGCUUUUUUUUAUUGACACAAUAACGGCGUUACGGUUGUGAUAUUUUCCUUCAUUUGAGACACAAAAUUGUGGUUUUAAUCCGUUUGUGUUUCCCCAUAAUUCAAUUUGUUUAAGAGUGUGGAAAGAGGGAUAUUUAAGAACAUAUAGUGGUCAGAUUCUGGGUUUAAAGGGUCCUUUGCUCACUUCUCAUGUCAGGGAAGUGAUGGUGGCCUUUAAGGACCAGAAGCUGCUGUGAUUCAUAAUAAGUAUAAUCUUAAAACUGUCAGUUAUUUACCAUCAAAAAUGUCUCUUGCACAAAGUCACCACUUUUUCUUCUUCUACUUCUUCUUUUAGACCAUUAAAAUGUGAAAAAUAGACAUAAGAUUUAGACUUCAUAGCUCAUACAGAAACAUUGUUUUCAUGGCUUUUAACUGAAAGUUUGUGUGAAUGGAGCGUUGCUAUUUUUGCCAACAGGACUGCUGAUGUAAAAUUUUUGAUUCUGCAAUUAAAAUCUCCCGUAAUUACUAUUAUUAAUUAUUAUUUUACCCAAAUAGAGGCAGAUGGGUGUUGCACUCUUUUUCAUUAAGUAAUAAAGUAGUCUCUUUUCAGGAUGUGUCUCUCUUUAUGGUUAGAUCCCUGGUAAGGAAACAUUUUUGACUUCUGCGAGUUCAGCACCACGGACAGCUCCUGGACUUCUUCUCUAUGUUUGAUAAAGCUGAUCAGUUUGAUGAUUCCAUGAAAAUUCCCAUUACUAUUGUAUAGAUCAGUGAUCUAAAGUGAACCCAAACAAGAAUAAAUCAUGGUUUUCCUGUC